GGAUAUUGGCAUUGAUCCGAGUGAUAAAUGGUAACUGCUAACCCAACCCACCGUGCCAACCAAUAUUCCUCCACCUUUUCCUUUCCCCAUGUCUUUAAACUUGCACACCACAUGCUCGAUAAAAUGCCCGACUGAAAAAAAGUAGAACCCAACCAAUUUGAAACUGAACAACAACUCUACUGCUGCUGUUGUGAGAUUGGUAAAUUUGUUUAUUCUGCUACUCAGCUGAAACCCACAUGGAACGCUAUGAGAUACUCAAGGAUAUUGGGUCUGGGAAUUUUGGUGUUGCUAAACUUGUGAGAGAUAAGUGGAGUGGCGAGCUUUAUGCUGUCAAGUAUAUUGAGAGGGGCCACAAGAUCGAUGAGCAUGUUCAGCGGGAGAUUGUGAAUCACAGGUCUUUGAAGCAUCCAAAUAUCAUAAGAUUUAAGGAGGUCCUACUCACUCCCACCCACCUGGCAAUAGUCAUGGAAUAUGCAGCUGGGGGAGAAUUAUUUGAAAGAAUAUGUAAUGCCGGAAGAUUCAGUGAAGAUGAGGCCAGGUAUUUUUUUCAGCAGCUGAUUUCAGGAGUCAGCUACUGCCACUCAAUGCAAAUUUGCCACAGGGAUCUUAAGCUAGAGAAUACCCUUUUGGAUGGAAGCUCAGCCCCGCGUCUUAAAAUUUGUGACUUCGGCUAUUCAAAAUCAUCAGUGCUGCAUUCCCAACCGAAAUCUACUGUUGGAACCCCAGCUUACAUUGCACCAGAAGUUCUGUCUAGAAGAGAAUACGACGGGAAGAUUGCUGAUGUUUGGUCUUGUGGGGUUACUUUAUAUGUGAUGCUGGUUGGAGCUUAUCCAUUUGAAGAUCCUGAAAACCCAAAGAACUUCAGAAAGACACUCCAAAGGAUUAUUAAUGUCCAUUACUCAAUACCACACUUUGUUAGCAUUUCAAUGGAAUGCAAGCAUCUUCUAUCUCGAAUAUUUGUAGCCGAUCCAGAAACGAGAAUAACAAUUCCAGAAAUCAAGAAGCACCCAUGGUUCUUGAGCAACUUGCCUGUUGAGUUCACAGAUGAAGCGUUGUUGGGAGGAAUGCGGAGUAAUACAGAAGGUGAUGCGUUGCAGAGCAUUGAGGAGAUCCUGUCGACAGUUCAAGAGGCUAGAAAGGCAGGAGAGGGGCUGGUAGUUGGCGGGCAAGGACAGUUUGUUGGGGGCAGCUUGGACUUGGAUGAACUGGACACGGAUCUUGACAUUGAUGAUUUGGAGGUGAGUGGUGAUUUUGUUUGUUCCAUGGAGUGCUAGUCCUUGUCAAGUAGGCCAAGUUUGGCCAAAGAAAUAAAAAUGGAAUUUAUGGUUGAGUUGGGGAAUCAAAUUCUGUGUUAUUUAGUGGGAUGAUGAUGAUGAUGUGUAGGGUAUUGCUGUUCGUUCAAGGUUUCUAUGUUUGUCUCUUUGUGCAGAGUCCAUUACAAACACUGUAAAUUCCAGCAGCUAUAAUAACAAUAACAACCCAGUUUUUUUUUUUUU